CCAAUAGAAGUUAACCCUAAUUCUCUCUUUACCCUGCUUCUAAUCCCUCAUCCCCCUCUCUCUGUUUGGUCGCGUCGUCUGAUCUUCUUCUUCAUCUACUAGAUUCGAUCGGUGUCAUUAAAUUUCUUGGUAACUCCAUCUUCUUUCACUCCUUCCAAGAUUCUUCAUUCGAUGUACCCAUCUUACUUUCAGUCGGUGAAUAUACAUAUAUAAAUAGAGCACAAUGGCAAACUCCUCUCGCUAUGAGCUCUGUCUAUGAGAGGAAGCCUAAGACUUCCUGGAGGAAAGACAAUCGUUGGAAACGAAUGCAUCACAGUAGGAGGAGGAAAGCGCCGGUGGCGACGGCGAAAUGGAAGAGGAGGAUGAAGGCCGUGAAGGAUGAAGAUAAAGCCAUUGAUGAUGGUGGAGAGGAUAGAGAGAAGAGAUCAUUAAUGGAUAGUGGGACGAAGCUAAUGCCAGUGACAAGGAUAUUUAUGGAAACACCGAGGACGCUGAGCUCAAGAAUUGGGACACCGAGUUCGUCCAAGUUAAUCAGCCUAUGCUUUUCGAUCUCAUCUUGGCUGCUAAAUAUCUGAAAAUCACUGGACUUCUUGACCUGACGUGCAGGACUGUGGCGUAUAUGAUCAUAGACAAGAUUCCAGAAGAUAUGUGCACUAACAUCAAGAAUGACUACACACCUGAGGAAGAAACUGAGGUUCGCAAGGAGCAUGGGCCUUCGAGUGACUUUUGGUCCCUGGUGGUUUAGGAUAGUCUUCUAUUAGAUGUCUUAUUUCUUUCCUCUUUUGGUUUGAAGUUUGUCAUUUUUUUGGUUUGAAAGGUGAGAGGUCACUGUGAAUAAUACAUGCAAGAAUGUUUUGUU